CUCCGCCGUCGACCUCGCCCUUCCCCCCACCGCGCCGGAAAAUCGAGCUCCAAGCUCGAACGUCGACCAUUAAUGGCGGCUCCCACUGUCAACAAACGGACCCCGAUGUCGCACCUCAACCCAGAUCAUCUCAGCACUGCCGAACCUCCGCCAGUUCCAGCCGCGCUGCCGAAAAUGGGC